UAGCUUUAAUGUAUUUCUACUGAAGCUUUCACUAGGCCUAAUUUCUCCUCUAUUAUGUAUAGGUUUCAUUUAUUGGUUCCAUCGCAGACUUAAUUUUCAGUUUCUCAUAGUAAAUAAUCUAGGGUCAGUGGAAACCUUUCUCAUAGGGCUCUUCUCAUUAUGGAACAUUGACUGAGGCCCUUUGGGUGGGGUUACUUGAUUGGUUAUCCAGGUUCAGGACUAAUUAUUAGUGCUGUUUUUCCAUUCCUGAAAUACAUUAUUAUUGUUAUUGCCAAUGGCCCCAUUGUGAUCCUCUUACUCAAAAGAUUUCUACAGCCAAUACUAAUUUUGAUAGUGUAAAUUAAUGAUAAAAGCAAAUGCAUUCCACUUGGAGAAACUACUGAAAUCCCUGAUUCACUGCUUUCUGCUCUUCUGUUUCUAUGACAGGACAACAUUCCUUUGAGGAGAUGUUUUUCAGAUCACAUGUUGUAGAGGUCAUAAUGCAUUUAAAGGUCAUUUCUGAGGAAGAAUCAAACUCCACUUAUCCAUUUCCAAACCCCAAGUAAAGCAUUUUUAUUCUUCUGAUGUUAAAGGUUCAAAAUCCUUUGUUCUCAUAUCCUCAGAGGUUUUAGUUUCCCAGUGCUAUGAUGUCAGGUUAUUAAUAGUUUGAAACUCCUCUUUGCUAUAGUUUAUACUUGCCCAAGAGGGGUUAUUGGGACUGAACACUCUGAGAGGAUAAAACAAAGGAAAUGACAGUUAUUCUGCAAUGGCUAUUUAUGGCUCAAUUGUCCAAAAUUUGAAGCCAGAAAUACAUGUGGGUAUAGAAUAUGGUUUCGGAAAAUAUUCCCAGAAACUCUGAGGGAGAUACUAAACAUAUUUUACUGGCUUUUAUCUGUAAGCUGGAGAUUAAUACAUUGUUUUACUUUAAACAAUUAAUUAUUGUAAACAAGUAAUAAGUGACUCCAACAGACCUUGAAAAUAAGUUUUAAAUUGGCUCAAAAUCCUAUUCUAAACACGCUGAAUAUAUGGGCUAAUGUCUGGAAAUCCAUUAUGACAUACAGACAUUAUAAUUAUUUCAAACACUUUAUUCCUAAACUAGUGGGGGAAAAGUAAAACAUCCCACAGGGUCAUAUUUUUAACCAUGUAUUAGGAAAACUGUCAAUUGACAUUUCUGUACUGGGGACUAAUCUUUAAUACUUAGUAUUUAUAAAUAUCAAAAUAUGUGUUAAUUUGGAAAAAAGGUAUAAUAUUGAUAUUGAUGAAGACUUGGCAGCUACUAUUCUCUACCAUAAAAAUGUCACUUGCUUUUGAAAACAGAACACAACGCUCACAGAGUGAAUGACCGGGUAAAGUGUGGAAAAUGCUGAAUUACAGUUUUCUUAAACUAGGUAUGACAUUUGUAUUGGUAACACAUUAUAUGACACAAUAGGCUUAAAGAUAAAAUUCUUGCUCAUCUUAAUGUCUUAUCUUAAAAGAAGAGUUAAUUAUUUUGGACUUGCUUCAAAAUAACGAGGGAGUGCAAUAUAUAUUAAAUAAAGAUGGCCUUGAGUUGAUAAUUCUUGCAUUUAGGUGAUGAUGGGUAUAUGAAAAUUCAAUGAUAACAUUGCAUAGUUUCAUAUAAGUUUGAAAUUUUCCAUAAUAAAUUUCCUAAAAAUACUAAGCAUAUAGACACACUCUAUAAUACCGUGGUAAAACUAAAUUUGGGGGCUGUUAUAUAACUGCAUUUUUAAAGAAUAAUUUAUAUAAAUUGUAUUUUAAUAAAUUCUGGAGAUAAAUUGAAUUCGAAAAUGUCAGACUGCGAUACCUCAUGGAGCCUCUGAGCGCCGCUGUCGGCCAGUGCAGGUCAAACGCGGACGCCCGGGAUUCCGCAGCCUCUAGCCUGGGAUUUCCUGGGCAGCCACCAACACAGGGAGAAGGAAGCUCGCUCACACACCGGGGCUCCCCGCCGGCCAGAGUGCCCAGCAUACACGGAUUCCCAGUUCCGCCUGUCUUGGGCCGAAUGCUCUUCCAGUAACACUGUGGAUUGCAAUUUCUUCGGCUUUCCGGAAAGACUGGGAUCCAGCUAGAACUAGAGCGCGCAAUGGGAGGAAGCUGCGCGCAGAGGCGCCCGGCCGGCCGGCGGCAGGUAACACUUCCCUUUCUGCUGCCUUUGUUCUACCCCGCGCUCUGCGAGCCGAUCCGCUACUCGAUUCCCGAGGAGCUGGCCAAGGGCUCGGUGGUGGGGAACCUCGCUAAAGAUCUAGGGCUCAGCGUCCUGGAUGUUUCGGAGCGGAAGCUGCGAGUUAGCGCUGAGAAGCUGCUUUUUAGCGUAGAUGCGGAGAGCGGGGACUUACUUGUGAAGGACCGAAUAGACCGUGAGCAGAUAUGCAAAGAGAGAAGAAGUUGUGAGUUGCAGUUGGAAGCGGUGGUGGAAAAUCCAUUAAAUAUUUUUCACAUCAUCGUGGUUGUUGAGGAUAUUAAUGACCAUCCCCCUCAAUUCGAUAAAAAGGAAAUACAUUUAGAAAUUUUUGAAUCUGUGUCCGUAGGGGCACGUAUAUCCCUUGAUCCUGCCACUGACCCUGAUAUAAACAUGAACUCAGUUAAAGAUUAUCAGAUAAGUCCAAACACUUAUUUUUCAUUAAUGGUUAGAGUUAAUUCCGAUGGUGGCAAAUACCCAGAGUUAUCUUUGGAGAAAGCCCUAGACCGGGAAGAGCAGCGGUCUCAUCACUUGAUACUGACUGCCUUGGAUGGAGGGACCCCAAUGCGAAGUGCCUCUGUUGGAAUAGAAAUCUUUGUCAGGGACACCAAUGAUAACCCCCCGAUGUUCAGCAAAGAUGAAUAUAGAGUCAGUGUUAGUGAAAAGCUGCCCCCCGGGUCCUCGGUGUUGCAGGUGACAGCCAGCGACCAGGACGAGGGAGUCAAUGCCGAAAUCAACUACCACUUCAGGAGUACUGCUCAGAGUACAAGGUACAUGUUCUCAUUGGAUGAGAAGAGUGGUAUCAUUAAGAAUAACCAAUCAUUGGAUUUUGAAGAUACAGAAAGAUACACCAUGGAAGUAGAGGCAAAGGACGGAGGUGGUCUCUCUACCCAGUGUAAAGUAAUUAUAGAAGUUCUAGACGAAAACGACAACAGCCCGGAGAUAAUCAUCACUACUCUGUCUGACCAGAUUGUGGAGGAUUCCCAUCCAGGAAUGGUUGUGGCUCUCUUCAAAACAAGGGAUCAGGAUUCCAGGGAAAAUGGGGAAGUCACGUGUGAUUUAAACAGAGAUGUUCCAUUUAAGAUUCAUUCUUCUUCUAACAAUUACUACAAGUUAGUAACAGACGGGCCCCUGGACCGGGAACAGACCCCGGAGUACAACGUCACCAUCACAGCCACCGACAGGGGCAAGCCGCCCCUCUCCUCCAGCGCCACCAUCACCCUGCACAUCACCGACGUCAACGACAACGCGCCGGUUUUCCAGCAGGCCUCCUACGUGGUCCACGUGGCAGAGAACAACCCGCCCGGCGCCUCCAUCGCGCAAGUCAGCGCCUCCGACCCCGACCUGGGGCCCAACGGCCACGUCUCCUACUCCAUCGUGGCCAGCGACCUGGAGCCGCGGGCGCUGUGGUCCUACGUGGCGGUGAGCGCGCAGAGCGGCGCGGUGUUCGCGCAGCGCGCCUUCGACCACGAGCAGCUGCGCGCCUUCGAGCUGACGCUGCAGGCCCGCGACCAGGGCUCGCCCGCGCUCGGCGCCAACGUGAGCCUGCGCGUGCUGGUGGGCGACCGCAACGACAACGCGCCGAGGGUGCUGUACCCGGCGCUGGGGCCCGACGGCUCGGCGCUCUUCGACACGGUGCCGCGCGCCGCGCAGCCCGGCUACCUGGUCACCAAGGUGGUGGCGGUGGACGCCGACUCGGGACACAACGCCUGGCUGUCCUACCACGUGCUGCAGGCCAGCGAGCCCGGCCUCUUCAGCCUGGGGCUGCGCACGGGCGAGGUGCGCACGGCGCGCGCCUUGGGCGACAGGGACGCGGCCAGACAGCGCCUGCUGGUCGCUGUGCGCGAUGGGGGACAGCCUCCCCUCUCGGCCACCGCCACGCUGCACCUGGUCUUCGCAGACAGCCUCCAAGACGUGCUGCCGGAUCUUAGCGACCGUCCCGCGCCCUCUGACCCCCAGGCUGAGCUGCAGUUUUACCUGGUGGUGGCCUUGGCCUUGAUCUCGGUGCUCUUCCUCCUCGCGGUGAUUCUGGCCGUUGCCCUGCGCCUGCGACAGUCGUCCAGCCCCGGUGCUUGGGGCUGCCUUCAGCCGGGUCUGUGUGUCAAGUCUGGACCUGUGGCUCCCCCCAACUACAGCGAAGGGACUUUGCCUUAUUCCUACGACUUGUGCGUUGCCCAUACUGGAAAGACAGAGUUUAAUUUCCUAAGAUGUAACGAGCCCUUUCAUUCCACUAAAGACAUAGUUUUCGGUAAUUCUCCUGGGGCUUUAAUUCCACUACAGGAUGGGAAUAAUUUGACUUCACAUCCUGAGAUCCUAACACCGUGAUAAAGCCACAUGACAUUUUACAAACGUGUAUAUGGAAUUGACCAACAAAGAUGAAUGUGCAGCAAAAAUAAAAAAGUGAUAGUGCUGCCACUGAAAUAGCUGACUGUGGGAAUGCUGACACUGCUACCUUCAAGAGUCUCUAGACGUGCAGCCAGAGGAACUUAGUGAGCAUGAACUUAAUGACGUAAGUGAGGAAAGUGGUUGUGAUGAAAAGGAUGAAGCUGUCCCAGAUGAAAAAAAUGACACCAGCAGACGACUUCACAUUAGAGGAACUCUCAGAGAUAUUUCACGACAUUGAAAAUUCAAAGGAUACAUAAUGUACUGGAAAUUGACCCAAACUCAGAAAAGAGUAUGACAAUUUGCAAAGGCAUAGAAAAGAUACUUGCUUCAUUUUAUAAGCUAUAGGAUGAGAAGCCAAACCCUCUUCAAACUCUUCUUAAUAAGUUGUUUUUACAAAGAAAUAAUUUCUCCAUGGUUCUAGUGUGUUAAAUCACAAUGUACUAAAUAAAUAACAGCUUUACUGUUUUUUACUUCCUUGUAAGAGGUUUUAAUGUUUUCAUUAAAAAAUUAAAGGUCAUGGAAUAAUCAUAAUUUGCCCCACUGGUUAAUUAAGAUCACUUUACACAGUUUCAACUUGCAUGGUCAUUUCUACAGUCCUGUGCUACUAUGCAAAGGGGGGUGCCUGUAUAUUCUUGUUUGCACUUUGCUUUUAGAAGUUGUUUAAUCAGUUUUAUUGUGGUUUAAUUUAUAUACAAUAAAAUGUACUUUUAAAAUUUA